GGGGCAAAAAAGGUGUGUGUGUGUGUGUGUUCAACAUAUUUACAUUUUAACUAUACAUAUGUAUCAGGGUUGGAUUUCUGCUGCUUUUUUAAUUUAUUCCGCUUUUUUCUACUUCCGCCUUCCGCUUUUUAAAAUUCAAAAUUCUUCAGCCCUGAAUGUAUCAGUGCCGUUUCGCCUUCCGUUGUUAGCCUUAUUUUCGUCUUUUUUGAUGUUUCACCUUUCACUCUUUAAAAUCUGUUUCAGCACCCCCUGA